AGCACAAGUGGACUGUCUUACGUCCAAGCUUGUAAUUUUUCUUGUUAUAUUAAAUGUAUUCAUUUGUCAUUUAAUCGAAGUAAAAAGAACUUCAUAGAAAAGUCAUAUCAACAUGUAUAUUGAAAAUCAAUUCCAUUGUUGAAUGAAACAAAAACCUCCCAACCCCCCAAAGGAAAAAUAUAACACUUUCUCCUUUAGCCUUCUCUUCAUAUUUUCCACUAUCAAAGGAAAAUUUCUUGUCUUCUUAUGUACUUUCAAGCUGAAUUGGGACAGUAAUGAUUCAUACAUUUAGUUGAUCUGAUCGAUAGAUCAAUCUAACUUGUUUGAAACGAAGACGUAUCUAUUAUUGUUUUAAACUUUCAAGCAAAAUUAAUUAGGGUAUGUUUGACUCUAUGUGCAGCAAGUGAUCGAUCGUCUAUAGAAGGUUUUUUGGAAACUGAGCAAGCAGCUGACUGAUAGAUGGUUUGUAUUUAGAAAAAUCUUGUUUCUGAUCAAUUGCAUUGAAGACAGACCUCUUUGCACUCCAAGUUGAGUAAGACGUACAAUUAGUCAUCAUGGCUGAAAAUUUAGUGAAACAAGACCAUGAAGAGAUGAUGAUGAUUAUGGAAAACUCAUCCUCCUCGUCCAUUGAUUUGAACGAAGACAACAAAGGGGAAAGCGAAGAAGAAGAAGAAGAAGUCAUUGAGGUGGAAGAUAGUAGUGAGAAAGAAACAGAAAGAAUAAGUAAUUAUAAUAGUUGUGAUGUUGAAAAGAAAAACGUAAGGCAAUACGUUCGAUCGAAAUUGCCGAGGCUCCGUUGGACUCCAGAGCUCCAUCGCUCCUUUGUUCAAGCCAUUCAAAGACUAGGUGGUCAAGAAAGAGCCACACCUAAGUUGGUUCUCCAAAUGAUGAAUGUGAGAGGUCUAAGUAUUGCCCAUGUAAAAAGUCAUCUACAGAUGUAUCGAAGCAAGAAACUAGAUGAAUCUGGACAAGUGUUAGGUCGAGGUAAUAAUAGGGGAAUGCAAGGAAGAGGCUAUUUCUUUAGAAACCACCUAGGUGGUCAAAGAUAUAACCCUAUACAAGAUUUCAAGAUGAAUGGUGCCAUUGUAUUAGCAAGGAAUUUCAACUAUGAUGACCAUGCACUUAAAGGCCAUUUUCGAAAUUCCUUUUCGAGACCACCAUAUCAGUCCAAAGGCAUCAUUUCCAGGUACAUGCAGUGGUCUUCCGAUAAUCAAGGAGGCUUAUGUAAUACUACCAAGUCUCUGCAAGGUGAAGAUUUGUUGAGAAUGAAGAGCUGGCAGACACCAAGACAAGCAGUAAUUGAAGAAAAUGGAAUACAUGAUAUUGUCCCAAUUAGGUCAACCCAAUUUCUUGAACAGAAAAAGUGGCCUCCAUUCAUCCCCAAUCAGUGGGAGGAGAAAAGGGCUGAUUUUUGUUCAGCUAAAAACUCCCAUUUUUGGCUUCAACAAAAUUUGGGACAACCAUAUUCCAAGUGGAAGUACUGCAGAAACAAUAAUGCCCUCGAGCAAAAUCUUGUGACACCUUUCACGUUUGAGAUGAAACAAGACAAGAGUCCCUUGGAGGAAAAAGACUGGUUACCUGAUUUGCAACUAAGAUUAAGCAGAAGCACAGAGGACAAGAAUGAGAGCAAUAGGAGGGAUCAAUCAGAUAUAAACACAAUGCUUUCUCUUUCACUGCCCACUUACUCAGCAACCUAGCUAAUAAGAGGGAUUAUAUUAGGGUUCUAAAAUACAAAAUAAUUAAAUUAGCUUGUUAAUUAUUGUGAAGAUAGUAGAAGAAAUAGCAGCCUAGGUAGGAGGGUGAGUACUUGAGAUCUGACCAAGCAAUUAACAUUAUAUUAAUUGGUGUCAGAUCUCCUAAGUACUUUCCUUAUAUAGGCCGCAACCAUUCAGUUUGAGUUGUCACUCAUCCCUUUCAUCAUUCUUAGUAUUUUUCUUUGUUUUACAAAACCAAUUUUUAGGUUCGACUCUUGUGUACAUUUUUGUCUUGAAGUUUGAUAUGGCUUGGGAACUAUAUGGAGUAUUAA